AUGUCGGCACCGGAUAUGAACGGCAUGAUGAUGCCGCCGUGCCCUCCUCCGCCGGGGAUGGAAAUUUCCGAGGCGGCCUACCCGGCACCUCCGGCCGUGAUCGCCAAGGGUCCUAGUGCGCCUACGGCUCCGGUCGGGUAUUCAUCCAACGUGGUGCCCGGCCUGAUAGACACGUUGAUGAUGCCGGCGACGGUCGCCCUUCCGGUCCAGGACCCAGAGCCGCCGCCGAUGGUGAAUGUGGUCUACGUCGGCGGCCUCCACUCCGGCACCUCCAGCGAUUUCGUGAUCAACAUAAUGCAGAAAUGCGGCAAGUUGAUCAACUUCAAGCGGCAUGCGGACCCGUCCAGCGGCCUGCUGGCUAACUUCGCGUUGUGCGAGUUCGAGUCGCCGCGAGGCGCUUAUUACGCGAUGGAGUGCCUGGCCAACCUGCCGUUCGGAGACGGCCAGGUGAAGGUGAGCUGCAACGACAGAGUGCGUGGUUUGGUCGAGGAAUGGGUAACGGAGCAAAUAAGCGGCCUGAGGGACGAUCACCCAGACAUGAGCGACGACGAGCUGCGCGAGAUUUUCAAGGCUCCGGAGGCAGAGCUCCGCCGCUCGUUCGAGAACCUCAUUAAAUACGAGGUGCGCGACAUUCAGGCUGGCGGCCCGUCAGCAGCCUCGUCGCGCGGCGAUGUGGUCAGAGCACCACGUCGUACGGACCAUCGCAGCGAUUCGGCGACCACCGUGAAGAACAGCGACGCUGCGAACGAGUCGCAGCACCUUACGUCGAAGGAGUACACGGUCCACCCGAAGGAGUGCGCCCGCCGCAGCAAGUUCAAGUCGCGCCAACGGGAGAAGGACGACAUUUUCAGGCGCGAGGAGCGCGAGUGGCUGAUGGAGGAAGCGUCGCUGCUCCGGAAACUGCAGCGCAUCGGCACGGUCCGGCGGAGCACCCGCGAACGCCUGGUGAAGGAGGACCUUGAAGGCUUCGCACGUUCCACGAGCAGCCGCGAACGUGAUCGGGAGCGCGAGAUGGACCUCGAGGACGCGCGGGAGGAGGCGCUUGAGUUGUCAAGCUCCGAGGCCCGUUGCACCAUCCCCCUGGCGGCGCCGGUCGUGCAGCAGCCGCCCGCGGAGCCGCCAAAACACGCGUUGCCGACAGUGUUCGGCAACGCCGCCGACGAGGACGAGCCCAUAUUCAACCGCAGCCACCGCCCCCAGAUCCAGUUGGGCCUGCCCGACGCCGAGAUUUGGGCACGCGUUCCCAAAGAUGAGGCUGACGUGUUCGCGUAUCCUCUGGACUGGGAUCGCAUUCUGUCCGACGGCGGCCUGUUCUCUUCGAUCGAGCCCUGGAUGCGCGGCUGCGUGUCUGAGCUGAUGGGCGACGACGAGUCGGUGGUGGGGGAGGUGCUGGAAUUCCUGGCUGGCCGCCUCGUAGAGCGCCCCGGCCCAACCGAGCUGCUAUCCGACGUCGAGCAGUUCAUGGACGACGAGAGCCAGAGGUUUGUGCUGGAACUGUGGCGCCGCCUGAUUUACCACCAGUUGCGGCUGGGGGAGCCGCCGGCCAGCUAA